GAGAGAGAGAAGCGUACACACAGGCUCUGUAUGAGACAGCCCGAGAGUGGGAGAGAUCGAGAAAAUAAAAAGCACAGAAAACAAAAGGAAAGAAGACAGACAGCGCCUGGGACUCAACCAAAAAGAGGGAUACGUUACAUUUCUGAAAUUAAACAAAGCACUGGAAGAGCAAAAAGGGUGGAUAACUCAUCUGAUAAACAUCAGUUCUCCGGAUGCCACGUGGAUAUAAGAAAGUGUGGAAACAAAGGACUGAAAGCGUGCUCCGCUCAGUAGUACUGGUUUGGGAUUUUUUUUUUUCCUUCUGAAAUAAAGAGAUGCUGUUGCUUUCUUCAAAAUCGGCAUGGUACUGCUUGUAGGUAAUGACUCAUAAAUCCUUUGCGUAAAGCAAACAGAUUGCUUCUCUGAACUGCCAUGAGUGCAGCACUCAGCUCAGACUUAUUUAACUGAGCUGGACAGAAUGCUGACGUUCUUGAAGAUCUUAUCCAAGUCUGCAGCAGCUAACCAAAUCGUCUUUUAAAGCUCUUCUGCCAUAAUUCGAAUGCCACAACGAGAAGACAACACAGGCUUUUCAGAUUAGGGAGCACAGAAGUGGUGAUAUCUGUCUCGGGCAUGGGGCAGAAGCUCCAACUCUCCAUUGGCUCCUGAACUCCUGAAAGCUCCCCGUGGGUGAGAGCUACCAUACUUAAAACUAAUCAAUGUUCUUAAAAAACAGGCCUAUUGACAAGCAAAGUGGAACGACUGGGAUGUUUGGAGUAAACUCUGACAUUUGAUUUAGAGCGUGCUUCAGAUCCCAUCUCGUCAUCCCGUCUAAACCACUGUGCUUUUAAUGUGUGGCCAUCUACCCCUGUAGCACUCUGGCUGCUCUGCCAACCUCCAGCAGCAUCCUGACGGCACAAUGCUGUGCGCUCAGGGUGUGGCCGCCCAUCUGAUACUUAGCUCGCUCCUGUUGCACUUUGCCAGGGCUAGCCUACCUGCUGGCUGCCUUAAAGUAUCAGACAUCCUAAGCUGUAGCAAUCUUGGAAUGAAGUGGAUACCAAAAGAGUUGCCGGUAACGGCCGCCACCUUGGAUUUCAACCACAACCUUCUGACCAAGCUCGAGGAAGGCAGCUUCGCCGGUCUUCCCCAUCUCGUAACCCUGCGGCUGGCCCACAACCACCUGAGCAGCCUCUCCCCUGGAACCUUCCGAAACGCAAGCAGUCUGUGCCACCUUGACCUUUCCUCCAAUCAGCUGAGCAAAGUGGAUAAUCAUUACUUCCAAGAGCUUGUGGAGAUGAAGGAGUUGCUUCUCUUCAAUAAUCACAUUGUUCGAGUGGAAAGCAAUGCCCUGAUCGGCCUGAGCAACCUGCACAAGGUCUACCUCAGUCACAAUCGUUUGACCGACUUCCCGUUCUUCUCCAUUCAGAAACACAGCCAUCCUUUUCUUGUUACGCUAGACCUAAGCUCUAACCGUAUGCCCAAGCUAUCUGUUGAGGUCAUCGCAGCCCUGCCAGCUUCACUUCAAAAAGGACUGUUCUUGCACAACAACAGUCUGAUCUGUGAAUGUGCAAUGUAUAGCAUGUUCAAACAAUGGGAGCAACAAAACUUCACCUCAGUCAGGGAUUACCAAGUGGAGCAUACAUGUUUAGUAUAUGGGGAACCUCGUGCCUCGGUGAAGUUUCUUAAACACACUCGCUUCUUUGAAAACUGCACUGUAAAGGAACAGAACCAGCUGGAGGAAAUGGAGAAUCAUUUGAAAGUGGAUGCAGGAAACACUGUGUUGCUGGAAUGUAAGACUUCGCUCAAGGGCCAACAGCUUACCUACCAGUGGGUAUCCCCUCACAAGGAUUAUAUCGUCCCCCCAGGCAACAAUGAUGCAAUGCGAAUGCAUGAAAACGGAAGCCUAGAGAUUACUGCAGUGAAAGUGGAGGACUCUGGUGUGUACUGGUGCAUGGCAUUGGACCGCCAACAUUUACGGAACGAGACAUGGGAGGUAAACAUCACAGUAACAUCACAUUCCCAUGAGCCUGAGCCCUUCAACACAGGCUUUACCACUCUGUUGGGAUGUGUAGUUAGCCUGGUACUGGUUCUUGUAUACCUUUAUCUGACACCCUGCCGCUGCUGGUGCCGUAAGCAGCCACUACCUGCAACACCCAGUCCUGCAAACGAAUGCAGUGCCCAGUCUUCGAUCCUGACGCCUACGCCACCUGCCACCACGGAGGGUCCCGGCCGCAAGGUCAGUAACAACAAGCAUGUGGUCUUUCUGGAGCCCAUCAAGGAGGUACAAAACGGGAGGCCCAAGGAGGCACUGGUCUCCGAGAAUCCAAAGGUGCACGUACUACGAAACAAUGCUGACUCUUUCAACUCAGUCUUUUCAGACACCACUAUAGUGGCAUAGCAUGAGGUUGCCCUCAUCCCCAAUCCUUCAUUCCACUAAAGUAGUGGGUCUUUCAAUGUGGCAGUCUGCAACUUCUGCUGCCUCUCAGGACAAAGCAGGGAGAGGGCUUGGCAAGUCAAGUGACAAGGCAGGGAACACAGCAAAGCCAGGAAAGCCAAGCGUAGAAAGUAAAAAUAGCACAGGACAGGUAAGAAAACAGAUGUAGCCAACACUGCCCUGAACAUGUACGGUACGUCAAGCUGUAAACGGAAACGUGCAGCGGUACAGGGAAAGGUAUGCAUGAUGCUUUGGAUACCCUUUAACCCUGCUUGAGCCUUGAAAGAAUGACAGCUGUACAGUAGAUGCCUUGUUUAGAGCUUCUAUGCCUCUGCUUUGGACUGUAACUCAUUAUUCUACAAAAAUAGCACAAGCAUUAUAAGUAUAGAGGACGGAAUGUGGUAGUAAUUCAUUUUUUAAACGAGAAGUCUAAAAUGUAAAAAGAAAUAAUAAUAAUUUUAUCCAUAUCUGAUUUUCUACUUAUAUGUGCACCUUAUAGACAUCUGGGCAAAUUGUGAGAGUAUGGAAAAGGCUGAGGGGAACCAUUUACAUCUUGUGAAUGUUUUUGUUCCAUCUGUUUUACCAAGUUUGUUCCUGAAGCGCAGCUAUGUAGCCAGUACCUAACAUCUGGAUGGAAAAAUCAAUCAUUGACCAUACAUUGGAUUCAAGUCAACAAAUUGUGUACUGGAAUAUACCCCUUGACAUUCCACCACCCUUCCCCAUCCCCUGCUUUCCCCACCCCCAAAACAAAUGCCUUCUUUAUCAGUCUCUUAAUAAACCAUUGUGCUUC